AUGAGACAGGACUUGCAGCACUGGGACAGUGCACUUCAGCUGGCUAAGCGCUUGGCCCCAGACCAGAUCCCUUUCAUAUCAAAGGAAUAUGCCAUGCAGCUUGAAUUCAUGGGUGAUUAUGUUAAUGCUCUGGCACAUUAUGAGAAGGGAAUCACUGGAAACAAUAAGGAGCACGAUGAGGCUUGCCUUGCUGGAGUGGCUCAGAUGUCCCUUCGCAUGGGAGAUAUCCGUCGAGGGGUUAACCAGGCCAUCAAACAUCCCAGCAGGGGCUUGAAGAGAGACUGUGGAGCUAUUCUGGAGAACAUGAAGCAAUUUUCAGAAGCUGCUCAGCUGUAUGAGAAGGGACAGUAUUAUGACAAGGCAGCAUCAGUUUACAUCCGCUGUAAGAACUGGGCAAAGGUUGGUGAACUGCUUCCUCAUGUUUCUUCUCCAAAGAUUCAUCUGCAGUAUGCAAAGGCCAAAGAAGUUGAUGGCAGGUACAAGGAAGCUGUGAUAGCCUAUGAACAUGCAAAACAGUGGGACAGUGUAAUUCGACUGUACUUGGAUCACCUGAACAACCCUGAAAAGGCUGUUACUAUUGUGAGGGAAACACAGUCCCUUGAAGGAGCAAAGAUGGUAGCCAGAUUCUUUCUGCAGCUUGGUGACUAUGGUUCUGCCAUCCAGUUCCUGGUCAUGUCCAAGUGUAACAAUGAAGCUUUCACAUUAGCUCAACAACACAACAAGAUGGAGAUUUAUGCUGAUAUCAUCAGUUCUGAAAGUACUUCCAAUGAAGAUUACCAGAGCAUUGCACUCUAUUUUGAAGGAGAAAAGAAACAUUUUCAGGCUGGGAAAUUUUUCCUGCUGUGUGGCCAAUAUGGACGGGCAUUAAAGCACUUUAUGAAAAGUCCAAGCACAGAAGAUAACUUGGCUAUAGAAAUGGCAAUUGAAACAGUGGGACGAGCUAAAGAUGAAGCCCUAACAAAUCAGCUGAUAGAGUAUCUUAUAGGAGAGAAUAAUGGCAUGCCCCAGGAUGCCAAGUACCUGUUCCGCUUGUACAUGGCACUGAAGAAAUAUGAAGAUGCUGCCAGGACUGCUAUAAUCAUUGCCAGGGAGGAGCAGUGCUCAGGAAACUACCGAAAUGCACAUGAUGUCCUUCUCAGUAUGUAUUUAGAGUUAAAGACCCAGAAGAUUAAAAUUUCUUCUGAGAUGGCUACAAACCUGAUGAUUCUACACAGCUAUAUUUUAGUGAAGAUCCAUGUGAGACGUGGGGAUCACAUCAAAGGAGCACGGAUGCUUAUCCGUGUGGCCAACAACAUCAGCAAGUUCCCAUCACACAUUGUGCCCAUUUUGACUUCAACUGUCAUCGAGUGUCACAGGGCAGGACUGAAGAACUCAGCCUUCAGUUUUGCUGCUAUGUUGAUGAGACCUGAGUACCGGAAUAAAAUAGAUCCCAAAUACAAGAAGAAGAUCGAAGCAAUGGUCAGACGUCGAGAGACUGCUGAGACAGAAGAGCCAACAGCAGCUUGUCCCUACUGUGUGUUCCAACUCCCAGAGUAUGAGCUUCUGUGUCCCAGCUGUAAAAACAACCUCCCCUACUGCAUUGCAACGGGUCGGCACAUGGUACGCGAUGACUGGACCGUUUGCCCACACUGCAACUUUCCUGCCCUCUACUCAGAAUUCAAGAACAUGUUACAGACUGAAAAUGUGUGUCCCAUGUGUUCAGAAAGGAUUAACAUCAUUGAUCUUCAGAAAAUAAAUGACUGCACAGAGUACCUCAAACCGCAAGAUGAGGACAAAUAA